AUGAAGAGAGUGUUUGUGACCGUUGGAACCACUAGUUUCGAUGAGCUCGUCGCUCGUGUGGUUGCCCACGAUUGCGUUCAGGUCCUCAAGAGUCUGGGUUACAACCAACUUGUCCACCAAGUUGGUAGAGGCACUGUGGUGCCCGAAACAUUCAGUACUGAAUCAUUCACUCUGGAUGUUUACAGGUAUAAAGAUUCUUUGAAAGAAGACCUUCAGCAAGCUGAUCUUGUCAUUAGCCACGCAGGUGCAGGGAGCUGUUUGGAGAGUCUGGAAAAAGGCAAGCCACUUGUGGUAGUUGUAAAUGAAAAG